AUGGAUGCUAUUCACCCUUACCUGGACUUGGAGGCGAUGGUUGACAAUGAAGAGAGUGGCUCAGAUGACAAAGAUGAAGACAAUGAAUUCAUAAAUAAUGACCUUAAUGAAGAUUCAGAAGAUGCAGGCAGGCCUAUUGACUACAUUACAAUAAACUGGAAUAUAGGCAUUGAACAGAGCAGUUCUGGCAACGCUCAGUUCAACGCACUUCUCGAUAAAUACACUUACAUGAGCGACCCCAGCCCUUCUUUGCAUAUGCUCGAUGAUAUCAAUGACGAUCUCAAUGAUGAAGAGACAGCCAAAGUUUGGUUUGUCAAAUGCAAGGUAUGGAUUGGUGCAACACUUUACAUCCCUACUAUACUAAAGGUUCUGUAG